AACAUUUCAAUCGAAUAUAUCAACAUAUGUAGUAUACAGUUUAUCUGACAGCGUUAACCAUCAUAGCUUACUCUAACCUACGGCUAGAUUUCUGAAAAAAUGAUCUAGGAAGAAAGCGAGCAGCCCAAUAGUAAUUUGUAGGGCUUCACUGAAUACCUAUGAGCCGUGCAAUUUGCCGUUCACAGUCCCAAUAGUUGUAUUUGUGUUUCACGUCAAAUAUCAGUUGUUGAAUAAGCUCCACCACUAGAUGUUGCAUCCCAGUCAAAAUGGCGGAUCCAACAAUGCAAACUUUCUGUUGCCACAGAGGAAAUGGGACUGAUGUGUCCCUCACACUCAUGAAAAAUCUCAAUACAGAUAUAUACAACACUAUCUGUAUCAUAUCGUCCAUCUUGGGAAUUCUAGGAGCUUUAUAUCAGAUUCUUCCUAGGAAGCAAUUCUCAAAACAUCACAAAUGGUUGACUUUCUCUGCUCAAAGGGGGAGGAGAAUCACUGUUCUAUUGGCAGUGGCUGAUCUUAUGGCUUCUUUGGGGGUUUUCUUGAGGUCUAUUAUAUGGUUAAAAUUCCACAACAUAUUGCCAGUCGAAGACGACGAUUCUAGUGUUAUUUUCUGCACACUCUCAUCAGCGUUGGUCCAAUAUUUUUAUACGGCCACAUGGAUUUGGACAUUUUGCUACGCCUUGGACAUGCAAUUCGUUCUGAAGGAUAAAGAGAUCAACUUCAAUUACUACCAUUUGAUAGCGUGGAUGACGCCACUGUUCACAACUUCUCUUGGUCUGUCCGUUUUGUACAUCCCUGAUGCCAAUUGCCACGUGUCCAAGUCCAUAUUAACCGUUGUAACGAGAAUACUACCUAAUUACUUAGUCACCUAUAUCCCAAUAGCCAUAAUAAUGAUCUACAAUCCAGUUUUGUACAACCAAUCUACGAGAGAUAUGGAGAGGAUUAUCACAAGUCUUACUGGUCAAUUUACAGCUAAAGAGAGAGAAAUUGUAGAAGGCGUAAGGAUGAAAUUCUUCCUGAUCAAUCUUGUUUUUUAUGUGUGUUGGACGCCGAAUUUGAUAAAUGGAAUUUUGUUGUGGUUGUUAUGGUUCGAUGUACCUAUGGCGUUCAUAAGUAUCGUUUGGUACAUUAUGGCUGCUCUAAAUCCGUUACAAGCUUUUUUCAACUGUAUGGUCUACAGAAGAUGGAACAAGGGAUCCGAAAAGAUUAUUACUCCUUGGAGCAAAAGUGGCAGUCGCAAUAAAACUAAACCCGAAAUAUCCUCCAGCUCAGGUGAAAAUUUGGAAGAGAAAGACGAAGCUUUACCUUUGUUAAGAAAUGUACCAACGACAAGUAUAAAUCAAUUUGUUUGAAUUUAUUUUAUAACAAACAAUUUUUAAUUUGUUAUAUUCCAACUCUGUGUGUGCUCGUGUCAUUCGAAUAAUAAGAAAACACUAUCCUCUCAUGAAUGUUUAUGUGAUAUAUUCUGGCUUUUCAGAUAUUUUAAUAUAUUUUUAUAAUAUAAUCGAUAAUUUUAUAAUAAACUGAGUAAAAUAUU